AUGAAACACAUUGAAUGCCCUAUCAAAUUGGCUUCAGCUUCGGUACAAUUCCCAAGUUCACAAUUCUUCAACACAAACAAAGCCAGAAACUAGAUAUUGUGUAGAAUCUAUGGCCAUUUCAUAUUUGGAUUCACUCAGUAGAGUCCCAAAGAUUACUACUAGAAAUAUAGCAUCUAAGUGGAAGGUAAAUAAAUUCACCUAUGAAUUGAGGAAGACUCCUAGAUAAAAUUCAGGAAUGGGCUGAAUAUAUGAGGUACCAAAACCUACCCAAAGUGAUCCUCAAUAAAAAGGAUGAGAAUGACAAUCCCAUCAUUUAAUACUUUUUCCCAGAUGAUGAUAAUAUUGGAUGGAUCUACAAUGAUUAAAAUAUCCAUUUGAAUAUCCUUAGCACAAACCUCAUUUCUGGAGUCUGCAUAGAUCGUUCAAAAAACCUUGAAAAAAAGAAUUACUCCAUGUUCCAAGAAAAAACUACCUUCACCUAUAAAUUCUCAGUACAUUUUCAACAAUAAACUAGGCCAAACACAUUCCUGAAGCUCCACCAAGCCAAACUUUCAUGCAGCAUCAAAUUGAAUUCAUUUCAAAUCGAUUCCCACAAUUAGAGGGCAAUCCUGAAGAAGGAUAUCGUCGCCAUAUACUGCAAAUUGAAACACUGGCAGGACGCAAAUGGUUUGAAAAAAUUGGAGAUUAUUAUAUUACAGAUGUAGAUAAUUGUUUAGAAGGAAAUCCACAUUUAAUUUAAUGAAUUAUUA